GACACGCGCAUGCGCACCGUCGCCUACCUGAGCCCAGGCAGCGGGUGUCUAGGGCGGGUGCCACCCGGCGGCUAAGGUUGCGGAGGAGGCGGCGGGUGGCUCGGCGGCGCUGACUCCCAGAGGCCGCCGUUGGGGCGAGGUGUCCUCAUGACUUCUCUUGUGGACCAUGUCCAUGAUCCUUUUUGCCUGUGUGGUAAGGGUGAGGGAUGGACUGCCCCUCUCGGCCUCCACUGACUUUUACCACACCCAAGAUUUUCUGGAAUGCAGGAGACGGCUCAAGACCUUAGCCUUGCGACUGGCCCAGUAUCCAGGUCGAGGUUCUGCAGAAGGAUGUGACUUCAGUAUACAUUUUUCUUCUUUGGGGGAUGUGGCCUGCAUGGCUAUCUGCUCCUGCCAGUGUCCAGCUGCCAUGGCCUUCUGCUUUCUGGAGACCUUGUGGUGGGAAUUCACAGCUUCCUAUGACAUCACCUGCAUUGGCCUAGCCUCCAGGCCAUACGCCUUUCUUGAAUUUGACAGCGUCAUUCAGAAAGUGAAGUGGCAUUUUAACUAUGUAAGUUCCACUCAGAUGGAGAGCAGCUUAGAAAAAAUUCAGGAGGAGCUCCAGUUCCAGCCUCCAGUGGUUCUCACUCUGGAGGACACAGAUGUGGCAAAUGGGGUGAUGAAUGGUCACACACACAUGUACUUGGAGCCUGCUCCUAAUUUCCGAAUGGAACCCGUGACAGCCGUGGGCGUGCUCUCCCUUGUUCUCAACAUCAUGUGUGCUGCUCUGAAUCUCAUUCGUGGAAUUCACCUCGCAGAACAUUCUUUACAGGUUGCCCACGAGGAAAUUGGAAAUAUUCUGGCUUUUUUUAUUCCUUUUAUAGCCUGCAUUUUUCAGUGUUAUUUGUACCUGUUCUACAGUCCAGCCAGGACUAUGAAGGUGGUGCUGAUGCUACUCUUUAUUUGCCUGGGCAACAUGUACCUGCAUGGGCUGAGGAACCUCUGGCAAAUCCUUUUCCACAUAGGAGUGGCUUUUCUGUCUUCCUAUCAGAUACUGACGAGGCAGCUUCAGGAGAAGCAGUCUGACUGUGGAGUGUGAGGAUCGUGUGAUGAAUGGAUCCUUUGAUUAUCUCAUGAGGGUCAUCUGUGUUUCCCUUUUCACUUCUUGACUUGACCUCAAGUUUCCAUGCUUGAAGUUCCUUUCAACCAAACUAACUGAUAACAAGCAUUGGAGAUUUUUAACAGGUGCAGCUGAAGGCAUGAGGUCGCUUGAUCCCGAGUCCUGGUUUUGUGCCGAGCGUCAGUGCAGAAUCUCCAAUUCAGCACAUUUACCUAGGACAGCAGAAUCUGGGGCCUCAUUCAGAAAGAGCAUUAUUGGAAGAUCAGAAUGGAAUUAUUUUUGUCUUUUAAGUUGAAUGAUGCAAUAAUCCACCAGAUUCAAUAGCACUAGUUUUAGUAAUUGGCAGUUGUCUCUGAGGAACCACUGUAAAAUCCUUAUCAGCUUUUCAGUCUAAAUGUGACUUGGUUAGUUUUCUUUAGAGGGUCAGCACAGGAUGAAUUAAAAACUUAAAAAUGUGGUUCAUAAAUAUAAGCUAGACAUAUUUUGUUUACAUUUUUUGAUAACUUAGGUCCAAUAUGAUACCUUUAGAAUAUUUAAAUAUAUUUUGGAUAUAAAUUUAACUUAUCUUCUUUUAGGGUAAGGACAAACUUAAGUUCAGAAAAUGGUUAAGAAAGCUGAGUUUAUUUAAUUUGUAUAUAAUCUUUUAUGGUGGUGGGACUGUGUGGGUACAGAAAUGUUUUGUAUUUAUUUGCAGGGUAUAUCUGAAUAUUUUAAAAAUUAAUUGAGUAACCAAUGCUACUGGAUCAUAAGGUUAUAAGCAUGAGCAGAAAUGAGAAUUUUAGGAUUCCUUUCAGUGAGCCACAAACUGGAGUAGGUGAGUCAUGAGGAUUCACACAGUGGCACUCUGCAGACACAGCGGGGAGAGGCUGCUGUCAUCAGCCUUGUACGUGGCAGCUGAGUGCGUGUCAUUUUAAUGAUGAUGAAUACGUGACCCUGUGUACCUGUUCCCAGAAGACCUCCCAAAUUAAUUACUCCUCUACACCUUUCCUAGUCAUCUUAAUUAGAUCAAGGGCCUCAUUUUUUUAUGAACGAGAGUUAAGUAGGUAUUAACUUUUUUAAAGCUUUAUAAAAACAUAAUUAACCCUCUGCUCUGAAAAGUUACUUUUCUUUCUCUCAUUGUCAAAAUAUUGACUGAUCAUAGUUUUCCAAAAUGUGGAUCUGAAUAAGAUCCCUUGGUCUCCAGAAAUGUCAGCCUGGGUUGUCCCGUACCAUUCAGGAGGCCACUGUGGGAGUUUGCCCUUUGGAUUGUUCUUAGUAGAAGUCUGGAAUCUGAAUAGCUCAACUACAAUCGCAUAGAAUACUUUGCAUUGAAUUAUGUGGUCUUAAUAAAUUUAAAAAAUCCUAUUUCGAUAGUUUCUAAAAGUUGAAAACUGUUGCGAGAGUUAUUGAACAGAUGGGGAAAGCAAGGAUGUCAUUUUAUGGAUUCAGUUGUACUUGGUUAUUACUGGUGGUGUGUUGUUACUGAGCUACCUUGGUAUCAAUUUGAAAAAAACAAGUCGAUGCGACUAGAAACUGUGUUGGGAAAAUGUUGCCAUGGUAAUUUUAUUUUCUUAUAAUAGAAUUUUCUAUUUUUAAUCAAACAAAAUAUCUGGAUAUGAAACUUAUAUUGGCAGCAUCCUCAGAUGUAAACUUCAAAAUUGUCUCUCAAAGUCAUCAUUGAUCUUGCAUCUGCAUAAUUUUCUGCAUACCCAGCAGGUGAAUUUUCAGGCUUUCUGGGAGAUAAUUUAGAAGAGAUGGUAAAAUAGCUUGCGAAGCCAAGGAGGGGAGAGAAAUCCUUUUACAUUAGAAGCACACACACAAAAACGCUUUAAAAGUUGGUAAGAACAGCUUUCAGGUAUAUUGUUUUCUUUUCAAGCCGAUGUGUUAUUGGUGUUGCCAUGUAGCCCUGUACCCCAGAUAAUCUGGGGGUCUGAGCCUGGGAUCCGCAUUCAGUAAGUAGUAGAGAACAGUUCUUGAAGAGGAGUCCCUCCUGGUGAAUGUUUCCUGCACUGGUGGAGAUGUUAUCCACACUUGGUUGAAUGUGGUCUUAAUUAAUAUCCCCAUGGGGUUUGAGAUUUACAUUUGCAAACAAAAGGGAAAAGAUGUACUAGACACACAGUACCAAAUAAUGACCACAUAAACAUUGUUUAACCUAAAUUUAGCUAAAAGAAGCCUCAGCUCACUGGAGGAAGAGACUAAUGAUAGGAAAGAAGUUCUGGAGAUUUCAUCCAAGGGAAGUCCCAGGCUCAGGCUUGACUUGGUUCAGGCCUGGAGUUUUGUAACGCCCUGUGUCAUCCUUGGUGCCAGAAAUCUGGCUGCUCGUUGCACAAGUUUUCCUCACCCUACCAUGGACUCACUGCUGGUCUAGCUCCUGUGUUUCCCGGUGGUUAAAUACUACCUGCCCUACUGACCUCAUAGGGCUAGAUCUGGGUAUAGAUGAAAUAAUGUUGACAACAAAACCUUAAAAGUACCUUCUGGUAUCAGAUGCUGCAAGAUCUUGAGCAUCAGAGUGUGUUAUGUCCCAUCCACUGCAUCCGAGUGGGAAUGGGGCUCAGUGCUCUUGGGCCGAGUUUCCCAACCAAGGGGCCUAAGCCCAAAAGGUUUCCCCUUCCCCAAGUAUGCUAGUGAAGGAGACCUGGAGACUGUGGUUUUCUUUCCCCCAGGCUAGCAUUACUGUGAAGAGGACCAUUCCUGGGUUUCUUUUUUCUGGGUGGAGACAGUUGGAGCAUAUUUGGGUUGGUAUUCCCUCUCGAUACUAGAGCCCCCACUGCCUGCGGUGGGAGGACUGUCACCACGGGCUCCCGGAUUUGCUUCUCAGUCUUGCACCCCUGUUAUCUGUGAAUCAAGGCCCAAAAUUUUAAACUUCUUUAAGGAGUGGGAAAAGGGUGUUAGGAGGAGAGCUGAAAUUAUUAAUCAUGUUUUCUAUCGACCUCACCUUGAGCUCCCUGUUCUUUUCCUAGGCGCCCGCAUUCUCCAGGUCUCGCCUGCCUCUUUCCACCUCUGCCCCAUGCACUCCAGUCCUGGGGACAGAGGCCAAAAUUGGAGUCUCUGGAGGAAUGGGAAAGCCACCUUUAAUUUUAAUCGAUAGGGUGGAUACAGGCGCUUCAGAGAAGGAGCAGAUGGCACUGAGGCCCACCCUCUCCCCCGUGCACCCCUAGGAGCUCCAGCACACUUGGGAGUCGGGUCUCGGAGGGGAGUAGCACUUCAGUGGUCAGCACUGCUCAGAGUCAAAGAUGACCGCCAGCAGGGCCGGCUGUUUAGGGCACGGGAAGCAGGGGAUAGGUGGGGAGCAGAGCUGAGGGCGCUCUGUCUGCUGGAAGACAGCAGCUGCCUCUUAGCAUGUGAGGGCUGCAUGCUGCAUCUUCAUCCAGGGCUGCCAUUUGCUAUUCCUUGGAGGAGUAGGCCACUCAUUGUAACAUGUAAUAUUGUAACUGUAACAUGCAGGAGACGUGGCCCUUGGAGAACCUGCUGUUUGCACAGUGCAGUGCAGGUGAGGACCGGCAGGGAUGGGAGUGUUUAUGGCGACUAGAUGUGCAUGGCAAACCCCUACUCUGACAUUGCUCACAUUCCAAACGUUCCUACACAGAAUCCUGCCCUGGUACAGGGAAGCUCUACCUGUGCACUGUGAGUGUUAAUGGUGGUGGGAGAAGAGAGAGUAGACGUGCCCUUGAGAGAGAAGGCGGGAGAAGGAGCGCACUGGUCAGCUGGCCAGAAGGCCUAGAGAUCAGCUUGGCUCUUUCACUGGUUCUGUGCCACAGUGAGCAAGUCACUGCCCGUCGGCCCAGUGUUCUCAUCUGGGAAAUGGUGAUAACAUCAACCUGCUCCGCUGGCAUGCUGUCGUGAGGAUAAAAGCGGCAGUGGAGGGGAAUACUGGGUGAAUCCAUUGUUCAUGUGCAGGAGAAGAAAGACUUGGAGUUCACCCGAUACAGGGAGGUUUUUCUGCAUGCUUCAGGCAGCACAGCAGAGCCAUGUCUUCUGGCCCUUACAAAAAAGGACAUUUUAUGAUGCUGCAGUGUAAACGGCCUUAUUCUACACUCCAGAAAGGUAGCAGUCUCCCUUUCUCCCCCUGGACCUGCCUCCUGCCUUCCUGGCACAGAGCCCUUGGUACCAUUGGCAUUGGGUUCUCCAGGAUCCAGAGAGGCUGGUUCUGCUGGUUGGACCAAACCUCACUGUCCAUCCCUGACCUGAAUGAGGAGAGCUCUGAUUCUCCUGUCUGGGAGCAGUGAUGUCAAACUUCUGUUGCUGGGGAAACGUCUUUCGCUGGGAACCUGUGGAAAAGGGCUUGUCAGUAAAAUCUGGGAAUGGCCGGAUAUGGAAACAUCUGCCCAUGUGUACCCAUGGCAGAGCUAUUGCCCACAAGCGCCUUUUAUUUAGGGUAAAAUGAUCAAAUCCAUUCUGUUCCUCUAACCUGAUAUGCUUGGUACAUAUGACCUUCUUUAACCCUUAUGUGGUUCUGAAAUUGCUUCAGAAGUGUUAUUUAAUGGAUUAUUCAUAUAACUUAACCCCCAGGAUUCUAUCUUGUUUAAUGGACUUUUCUACUAAGAGAGUAAAAGAUUGAGGCUGCUUUAGCCAGAGCAAAACCAUUUACUUCAUGUAUUCAUUCUGAAUGCUUCCUGUCCAUGUUAUACAAGUGUCUUACUGUUUCAUGUAAUAACAAAGAUCUAUUUUGAGUAAAUUAUGGGUACAUUUUAAUAAACUUUCACGCAGUAGUAAAGCCUAAACUUGUGUUAAUGUUUGUAAAGAAUGUUGUAUAGCCAUUUAUAUACUAUGUAUAUAUAAAUUAAAUGAGGUGGCUUCAGAAGCGGGGGGAGAAUAAAUCUAAGGUGC